AUGUUAUCAGUAGUAAUAGUAGUGAAUGGUUUGCACUCACGUAUCAAACAAUACCCGAACGUAACGCUCGACACGUGUGGUAUCGGCAGACAAUCACUGUUGACUACCGGUCAGUGUUUCAAGUGGUCAUACAAUGAGACCACUAGUAGUAGUAUACAAAACGGACGGAUAGCCAAACCAGGAGAGUGGCCGUGGAUUGCAUUAGUUAUCUAUCACUGUCCGGGUGUUAUACUAAACAGCAAUUGGAUUAUAACAGUAGCCCAUUGUAUCAAAUCUGAUUACACGUUUAGUGUUCGUACAGUUCAGGAUCAUAGAGAUGAUAGCCAUACAUAUGGUGUCCAACAGGUUCACUAUCUGACACUAUAUUUCGGAUCGGAUUCAAAAACAGACCUAACAUAUGAUAUCGCAUUACUGAAACUCAAGUCACAGAUACUGAUAUCGAUACCGACAUCAAUCGGUGAUCAUCGGUAUCACUGGUCAAUGGCUGUCAACAGCAUUUGUUUGCCGGACAAAGACAUUGUCAAUACCGAUGAAGAGUUGGCACUGACUGCCGGUUUUGGUCAGACAGAUGAACGGGAGUAUAAUUGA